AUGCGACAGCGUGACUCUACAACUUGGAGGAUAGAGGCGGCAUCCGCGAUGCCAUGUACAAAUCGCGUCGAAGCCUGGCCAUUUGGUGAUAUGAGGGAAGUGGUUGUUUUCGUGGCCAAAAUGACAAGGCUUAUACACAUUGGCAAGAGUUCCUUGGUCGCAAAUUCUAUUGUGACCAUCGGCUCGCCUGAGCGCUUCGUGGACUAUUCUCGCGAGGAUGCCAAUAAUUUCCCAUUCUAUGAGCUUCUCAAUGGAUUGCUUCGCUUUGAGAUCAUAACAGCGGUCUCUCUCGAGGUUGCUUUACUCGCUAUUCUGUGGGCAGAGACGAUCCAUUUGGUCAUUCCCUUCCAUCGAAAUGACCGUGUAUACCGGCAUUGCGUUAUCCAAGCAAACCUUUCGGUCGUGCUCAUUAUUCUCUCGGUUGUAUUGAAAGCAACUGGCAAUGAAAUCAUUGCGAUGCUCACUAACACUCAACACUUCGACGAUGAAACGUCUCGAGUUGACGGUUGCAGCAUAUAG